GGCUGGCGGUAGGUUGUUUUCCUGAUAGCUGCCCGGGGUUCCCACUCGUCGCCGCUGAACUCCGCCACUGCAAAAUCGGUCAUUACAGCGGGACACCAGACGGACUAUAGAUGGACCAGCAGGACCAGUCCUAUAUGUUUGCCAGUCUGAAACGGCCUCACUCAGAGCAGCUGCUGCAAGGCCUCCAGCUCUUGCGGCAGGAUCACGAACUAUGUGACAUUGUCCUGCGUGUGGGUGAUGCCAAGAUCCAUGCCCACAAAGUAGUGCUGGCCAGCAUCAGCCCUUACUUCAAGGCCAUGUUCACGGGUAACCUAUCGGAAAAGGAGACCUCCGAGGUGGAGUUCCAGUGCAUCGAUGAGACUGCCUUGCAGGCCAUCGUUGAGUAUGCCUACACUGGCACGGUGUUUAUCUCCCAGGAAACUGUGGAAUCUCUGCUACCAGCUGCCAACUUGCUCCAGGUUAAGCUAGUACUUAAGGAGUGCUGCUCCUUCUUAGAGAGCCAGCUGGAUGCUGGGAACUGUAUAGGCAUCUCUCGCUUUGCAGAGACAUAUGGCUGUCAUGACCUGUGCCUGGCUGCAACUAAGUUCAUCUGUGAGAACUUUGAGGAGGUUUGCCAGACAGAGGAGUUUUUUGAACUGACGAGGGCCGAGUUGGAUGAAAUUGUGUCCAAUGACUGCCUUAAGGUGGUCACAGAGGAGACUGUGUUUUACGCCCUGGAAUCGUGGAUCAAAUAUGAUGUAACUGAGAGACAGCAGCAUCUGGCUCAGCUGCUGCACUGUGUUCGCCUUCCACUCCUCAGCGUCAAAUUUCUCACCCGCCUAUAUGAAGCCAACCACCUUAUACGAGAUGACCACGCAUGCAAGCACCUGCUCAAUGAGGCCCUCAAAUAUCAUUUUAUGCCUGAGCACCGGCUCUCCUAUCAGACUGUGUUGUCAGCACGGCCCAGGUGUGCCCCGAAGGUGCUGCUUGCGGUAGGAGGCAAGGCUGGACUGUUUGCAACAUUAGAAAGCAUGGAGAUGUAUUUCCCUCAGACAGAUUCAUGGAUAGGACUGGCCCCUCUCAGUGUACCCCGAUACGAAUUUGGAGUGGCAGUGCUAGAUCACAAGGUGUACGUGGUGGGAGGCAUCGCCACACACAUGAGACAGGGCAUUAGCUAUAGGAGACACGAGAGCACAGUGGAGAGCUGGGACCCCGAAAGCAACACCUGGUCCUCGGUGGAGCGUAUGGCCGAGUGCCGCAGCACACUCGGGGUGGUCGUCCUGGCCGGCGAGUUAUACGCACUCGGAGGCUACGACGGCCAGUAUUACCUCCAGUCAGUGGAGAAAUACGUCCCCAAGUUGAAGGAGUGGCAGCCUGUUGCACCCAUGACCAAGUCCCGUAGCUGCUUUGCCACUGCUGUGCUGGAUGGCAUGGUGUACGCUAUCGGAGGCUACGGCCCAGCCCAUAUGAACAGCGUGGAGAGGUACGACCCCAGCAAGGAUGCCUGGGAAAUGGUAGCCCCCAUGGCAGAUAAGAGGAUCAACUUUGGAGUCGGCGUCAUGCUCGGCUUCAUAUUUGUGGUGGGCGGACACAACGGCGUAUCGCACCUGUCCAGCAUUGAGAGGUAUGAUCCACAUCAGAACCAGUGGACAGCCUGCCGACCAAUGAAUGAACCACGCACUGGUGUGGGCUCUGCCAUCGUGGAUAACUACCUCUAUGUGGUGGGAGGUCACUCGGGGUCGUCCUACCUGAACACUGUCCAGCGCUAUGACCCUAUCUCAGACAGCUGGUUGGACUCGAGCGGCAUGAUGUACUGCCGCUGCAACUUUGGUCUGACUGCCCUUUGACCCAUGGCCCAGCCAGUUAGGACCCAAUAAGAGAACUUAGACACAAAGACGUUUCUUUUUUGUUGUCUCCUCCUCCUUCCUCACAUUCAUCCUCCAGGUGCAGAGGAGCACUGCACGCCGACGUGAACACCAGAGGAGAGGGAGCCUGCUGGGUGGAUGGAUGUGCCGGGCUAGCUGGCUGGCUAGAGGGGGGACCACAGGCAUGGCUGCGGAGAUGAGAAAGAGCUGCAAAGCUGUGUGGAAAAGCGAGGAAGAUGAUUGGACGGCUGUUGUCACGGGCACGAGGAGACGACUGCUCUACUGCUGCUGGACCACAAUGAGGACUCUGAGCCAUUUCCCAGAGGAUUGUGGGAGAAAACUUGUCACUUUUGUUUCAGACUUCUCUGUUAGCAGACAUUUUAUUUGUUUGUUUUCUUUGUUGCCAUUAAUUGUGUUUAACACUUAAAUCUUUUUUUAAUUUCCCUGCUGCAACUGGAACCAUGCGUUCAAAUUUUGUAGAGCACCGCAGUUUGCUGGCGUAUUUGUAUGAAUAUGUGGUUGUUGGCCAUGUAGUGUGUAUGUCCGUGUGUAUGCUUGAGGGGUACGUGCAUGUCAGAUAGGAUUGUUUGUUUUGUUACGUGUCCGCGUGCAGAACUGAUGCUCGGGCUCAGCGACGUAGGAGUUCUGCAUCAAAAUCAGUGCUUCACAAAAAAGAGAAAAGUUGGAAUCUUUAUAUUUUCUCAAAAAGGGCUGCCUUUUUCUCUCCUGUAAAUAAUCUAAAUGAAAUAUAUAGAUAUGAAUAUAUCCUCUAGUGCAUUGCCUGUAAAUGUUUUCUGCACUGGGUCACUAGUGUGUGCGGAUGUGUGUGUAGUUUGAUUUCAAGGGUCAGCGUAGAGGUGAAUGACGAAUUCACCUGAGAGUGUUUGCCACUAGUCUCUGCUUCAUCCUCAGAGCCAUUUGAAAGCCCCCGUGUUCUAGCUUCUGUCACAUCUUCCUAAGGUCAGGUCACGAACUUCUUGCUACUCUUCACAAUAGUUGAAUUUGACCUUGGCCCUCUGUUCACCCUUUGGUCUGUACACAAUACCAACUGGUGCUAUAUUUAGGAUUCAGGAUUCAGCUGUUUGUCUGUGUUGCCUCACACAAUUAGGUCAACCUCUGUUCAGCCUCAGCUACAUCCCUGCGUUAGAUGUUCCUUAUUUGAUUUAUGUGCAUUAAAAUGCGUCAAAUUUAAUGGGCCCCCAACCAUGCAAUAACAUAAAGUCCUACUGAAAGUGAAGCCUGUGGUUGGACAACCACAAACUUCUGUCUGAAUAUUAGCACUAUCUUUGUUCUUUUUAUUUUUAUUUAAUUAAAACUACAUCCUAGUUAGCAUUCCCCUACCCUCACAGUGCCCCUGUUGCAGGAUAUGAGCAUGCUUUGUUAUCGUCUCAAUGCCUGUUCCCAGUACAGUGUCACUCUUUUAGCUAUAAACAAGACCUUUUCUGCCUGUGAUUGGGUCUGACACCUGCACUCACCAACUCGCCGCCAAACAUGUGACCAUCAUGUGGCCAAGGUCUUGCUUGCAAGCUCAGGUUUGAGGUAAUCCGUUCACAGCUUCAUGUCAAGUGCCAAAAC